AUGCGCCCUUUUGACUCUUCUGCCCAGGUCGCAGCGCCCAAGUGCGCAGUCGGACUGGACGCUGCUGGUAAAACCACCAUCCUGUACAAGCUGAAGCUGGGCGAGAUCGUCACCACCAUCCCCACCAUAGGGUUCAACGUGGAGACAGUCGAGUACAAGAAUAUCAGCUUCACCGUGUGGGACGUGGGCGGCCAGGACAAGAUCCGGCCCCUGUGGAGACACUACUCGGGGCUCAUAUUUGUUGUGGACAGCAAUGACCGAGAGCGAGUGCAGGAGUCUGCGGAUGAGCUACAGAAGAUGCUGCAGGAGGACGAGCUGCGGGACGCGGUCUUGCUGGUGUUUGCUAACAAGCAGGACAUGCCCAACGCCAUGGCGGUGAGCGAGCUGACGGACAAGCUGGGCCUGCAGACGCUGCGCAGCAGAACCGUGAGUGGG